AUGUCGUCGGACCGUGAUGACCCGCUGUCGGCAUCAGAGGACCUCGACUCUGAUGAUGUAGCUUCGGAGUCUGAGCAAGCUCCGCAGACUCCUCGAAAAAGCAAGAAGCGGGCUUUGGAGCCCGACUCAAGUGAGAAGUCCAAAGCUAGCCCCAAGAGCAAGAGCAAAGCAAAGAAUGCAAAGGCCAAAGCGUCCCCAAAGAAGCGAGGAGGGCGACACAUGGCCGCCAGCUGUUUGACUGGCAAGAAGCGCUUGUGCAAAAGCUGCCAGAAGCAGCUGGAUCUUAGCCACUUCGCCCUGAAUCAAGCAAAUUGUGCCAAGUGCAAAAAAGCCUUAGACUGCAUUUCGAAAAAGGCGAGAGCGACUGGUAAAAAGGAUUGGUUCAAGCGCACGAAGUCAGACCCAAAGCGGUGCAAGCAGAUGCUGAUGUCGUAUCAGAAGAGUGUGGACGAGGCUCAGAAGGAAGGCCGCAAGAGCACGUGGAAUAUCGCAACUUACCAGCAGACCGUGAAAGCCACUUCCAAGACACGGACUUUGUCUGCUGGAAAGAUGAUGUGGGAAGAGGAAGCGAUCCAGUAUUGGGAGAGUGUGCCCGGUGGCAGCAUGAGCAGGGCUGCCGCCAAGAGCAAGUGGGACAACCUGAAGGAAAACAUCGAGGUUGACAACCUUAUCACAGACACGGACGGGCCGAGGCAGGCACCCCUCCGAAUCAGGAUCCACACCGGUGAUUUGGUGAACUUCGAAGGCACCUAUGGUCGCAGCAAGCGUGUGGACUGCAUUGCCAGUCAGAAGAAGAAAGCGACCGAGGCAGACGUGCAGAAGAUGACCCGAACUUUGAUGGUCAACCAUGGAAGCACCCCGGGCAGUGUGGACUUGCAUGAUGCUGCCAGAGGGCUCAUGGGCAGCGAGGCCAUGGAAGGACUUUCCGCAACCCUCGCCGACGUGGAGGCGUUGGCGCCGGAGACAGACGGCUCGGAACCGGAGAAGGAGGAGGAUGCGGAGCAAGAGGAGGAUGAGGAUGGGGAUCCGAAGUCGAAGGCUAAAAAGGCUAAAUGGUGGGACAGAGACCGUCACGUGAACAAGGCGCAUAAGACCUUGACAACCGCUUACGAGAAGUUGUACGAGUCGGCAACCUCCCAGCUCGGCAAAUGCAAGCAGAUUGAGAAGGAGGUGUCUGGCUUGUCCAGGAAGGAUAAGAAGAUUGUUGAGGGCGACCUCGCCAUCUUGAUGUCUCGCUACACUUGCUUGCAGAGGCUUUGGGACACCGAGGAGGGGCUUCGGAACUACAUCCGUGACUUUGAUGCGCCGGCCCCAUCUGAUGCAGCCUCCAGCAAGUCCGACGGCAUCAAAGCCUUGGGGAAGGCAGCUCCGUCUGCCUCCUUCCGCAGCCUCAAGACUUUCGCAUCGUACAAGGCCAAGUUGGAUGACGUGCUUGAGGCGACCUCGGUUGAGGAGAUUGAGGAGACGAAGAAGUCCGUGAAUGAUACUUUCCGGGCUCCCAUCGCCGAUAUCGUCGCAGCUUCGAAAUCUGCAGAGAGUGAUCUCUCGAAGGCCGUCAAGGCCAUCAGGAAGGCAGAGCAGGAGGCUGCUACGAAAACUGGGCCAAAGAAGAAAGCAGCUGCUAAGGGAGGCGGCCAGGGAGUCUUUGAUCAUGCGGACAAGCUCGCAGAUGUUCCCCAAAGCAAGGAGGGCGACAACGUCCUCAACCUAGCGUUGCCUUGCCUCGUGCAUUCCCUUGAUGACAAGCAGCGCAGCUUUGAGAAUGCAGCUGCCGUGAAGGCGCAAGUGCUGCAAGAGUUCGUGCAGGUCUUUUCAGCCCAGUCCACAGCCCAGAAACUGGAUCGGGCCCACAAGCGAUAUCCAGAAUCUUCGGAGCUGUACAAGGCCCUCAAGCAGCGGAUGAGUUCGAUCAUGAAGGAGGUCAAGGAAACCUUGGAUGUGGACUUGCCCCAGGACCUCAAGGUAAGCCUCGAUGUCCAGGCUGUGAUCAUCCACAAGAACGUCCUCAAGGUUGCCACCGAAAAGCAUCAUGCAGGUGCUGUGCGGCUCACCGUCAGUGGCUGUCGGGAAGUGAUCAUGGUUGCAGAAAAGGCCCUCGAGCAUCUGGGGGCUGGGACUCUCAAAGAAGCACGUGAUCUUCUCUUGGAAAUGGAUGCGUCGAAGCUGGAGGUGAUACGCAGCAAGGGCUACGAUGUCUACUUUGCGAAGGUCGGCAAGGGAGAUGCUCUCUACAUGCCGCCAGCAUGGAUCUUUGCGGAGCGCAUCUUGGGUUCUGGCCAUUGGGUCGGGGUACGUGCCGGACUGCUCUGUGCCACACUCGGGGCACAAGACGACUUGAAGUGGCUGUCUCGGGAUUGGUGCCGAGAUGACGAAACGUUGAAGCUCAUGAUCAAGAAUGCACCAAGGCUAGGAUCGCCGGAAGACCGGGAUGAGGCUCAGAAGAAGCGAGAAGAGGAGGCCCAAAAGCGAGAGGAGCAGAAAAAGCGAGAAGAGGAGGAGGAGGCCCAAAAGCGAGAGGAGCAGAAAAAACGAGAGAAGGAGGAGGAGGAGGAGGCCCACAACAAGCGAGAGGAGCAGAAAAAACGAGCAGAGGAGGAGGCCCGCAACAAGCGAGAGGAGCAGAAAAAGCGAGAAGAGGAGGAGGAGGAGGCCCAAAAGCGAGAGGAGCAGAAAAAGCGAGAGAAGGAGGAGGAGGCCCGCAACAAGCGAGAGGAGCAGAAAAAACGAGCAGAGGAGGAGGCCCGCAACAAGCGAGAGGAGCAGAAAAAGCGAGAAGAGGAGGAGGAGGAGGAGGCCCAAAAGCGAGAGGAGCAGAAAAAGCGAGACAAGGAGGAGGAGGAGGAGGCCCGCAACAAGCGAGAGGAGCAGCAAAAGCGAGAGGAGCAGCAAAAGCGAGAAGAUGAGCAGGUUCAGAAAAUGCAAGAGCAGCAGAAAAAGCGGGAAGAUGAGGAGAUUCAGAAAAAGCGGGAGGAGCAGAAAAAGCGAGAGGAGCAGGAGGCCCAGAAAAAGCUUGAGAAGAGCCAGCAGCAGCAGGGGUCACCGCGUCGAACGAAGUUAUCCUUGGAUGGCCCGCCGAAGGACCUCACAGAUGAUGGCGACGCAGACGCAGAAGUGCCUGCAGCUGCUGCAAGCGCAGUUGCUGACGGAGUUGACGAUGUGAUGAAGCCGAGAGGAUCGGUCACAUCUUCGUACUCAGGCAUUGGUGCUGCAGAAGUAGCAGGUGUCAUGGUUAAGCAUGCAAUGGAGCAGCGAGGCAUGCUGAUCGACUUGGCAACCCACAGCCAGACUGAGGUACAGCCAGAGUGUCAGGGAUUGUUGACUGCCAAGCACAUCAUGAGUGACAUCUGUGAACGGGUGUCUCAGAAGCUUCUCAAGAAGCUCCAAAGGUUGCAAGACAAAUACUUUUCGCAGUCUGAGGAGGCAACCCCGCAAGUGCGGCAGCAGCUUGGUGAGCGUUUCUUGCAGGAAGCUGCUCGCUUGUUAGAUAAGUCUGCUGCCGAGUUUCAAGCCUGUGUGACGUGCAAGACCUGUGGAUCUACGUGCGCCUGGGCCCCUCCUCGCGAAGUUAACCAGCUCUGGAUAGAAGUUGCAGGCAACACUUGUACUCCGUGGAGCCCUCGUGGGAAGAUGCAUGGAUGGCUUGAUGCAGCCAGCUUGGUGGCUUUGGUGUGGGUUUUUUCGUUGAAGUUCGCUUCUCAAGGGCCCCCGGAUGUGAUCAUCAAUGAAAAUGUAACGGGUUUCCCAGCAGAGAGACUGUUUCACUUGGUGUUUCCAUCGAGCAUUGUGUGCAGCCAUGUGUGGAGCCCGUGUGACCUGGGAAUUCCAUCGCAUCGUCCCCGCCGGUAUACUUUGGUCUUCCCACGUACUACAUCCAAGCUGUUCGGCAAGGUGUCGUAUGACAUGGAUACCUUACGUGCUGUUUGCUUCAGGCGGCUCCAGCUCCGUGGGUCCGUGUUUUUGCAGGCCCCAGCUGAUCAUGUCAAGCAAGCUCUUGACAAGCUUGCUGAGCACAAAGGAUUGCCGCCUCGCCCAGCCGGCCAGGCCUACUCAUGCAAGCAUGUCAUGGUGUCAGGCGAUGCUGUGCGCAUGGGGCAGCACCGUGAGAGCUUGUCACGAGAGGGCGUCGUAGAUUUUGAUUGGAACGUGGAUGUCAAGCAAACAACAAGAUUUGCAACGAGGAUGCAAGUGCUUCCGACCGUGCUACGGGCUGCAACGAUUUACAACUUGGCUGCAGAAAGGCUUUUCUUGCUAUCGGAGCUCAUGGCGGCGCAAGGAUUCCCACGGCACCUGCAAACCAGCCACCCAGCAUUGGCCUGCAUUCCUGUUGAUUUCUUUGCAAGCUUUGAUGCCUUGCCUGAGAAGGAUCAGCGAUCAAUGAUCGGCAACUCCAUGUCGUUGUGCCAGGUAGGUGUAGUCUGGGCUUUGGUGCUCAUGCAAGCCGUGCACU